GCAAAACCGGGCACGAAACAUAAGCCAUAACCAUGUUGCCAAAGGGAAAUUGAGUGUUAUGAUUAGAUAGUUUAAGGAAUCUCGUCAGACUAAUCACACAGGAUAAUAAAAUACAAUACAAGGCUUUAAGAAUGCAGAUGUCGAAAGCCACAAGACGUGAUCUUUUGUGCGUGCACGCAACAAAAGGAGAAGAGGGAGAACAGGAUCGGACUUUGUUUUUCUUCUUCUUCUUCUUCUUCCUUCAGUGUUUAUUUUUCCUGUUAGGUUGUUCGUGUGAUUGAGAGAUCAGAUCAGAUCAGAAUGGGUGGCGAGUGGUCUAAACAGGUUGAUCGACGAAAAGCAGUCCAGGCACAAAAGAAAGCAUUGAAGGAGCUUUUACAGAAAGAUGGCGAUGGAUUCCCGGGUUCAGAUUACCGUCCGGCUGAUAGGAAAAACUGGAUGGGAAUUCUGGGGCCGGAAAAAGUUGCAGUGAAUAAGAUCGUGUGGCCGGGAACCCAUGAUUCUGCAACUGACAAGAUCGGCUUCCCACACAUUUCUCGUCCGUUUGCGCAAUGUCAAACGUUGUCAAUCUACCAACAGCUGGUAAUGGGCACCCGCGUUCUUGAUAUCCGCGUGCAGGAGGAUCGAAAGGUCUGCCACGGAAUCCUAAGCACCUACAGCUUUGACGUUGUCAUCACCGACGUUAAGAGGUUCCUGUCGGAGACGGAAUCGGAGAUCAUAAUCUUGGAGGUCCGUACGGAGUUCGGACACAAAGAUCCGCCCGGCUUCGACAAGUACCUGGAAGAACAACUAGGAGAGCAUCUUAUCCAACAAGACAAUAAUGUGUUCGGAAAGACAAUAGCAGAGGUGCUGCCAAACAGAAUCAUUUGCUUAUGGAAGCCGAGGACGGAUGCUCAUCCCAAGCCCGGAGGGCGGCUGUGGAGCGCCGCAUAUCUCAAGGACAACUGGAUAGACACCGACUUGCCACAAACCAAGUUCAACAGCAACCUCAAGUAUUUGAGUCAGCAGCCGCCGCUGAGCUCCCGGAAAUUCUUUUACAGGGUGGAGAACACGGUGACGCCGCAGCCGGACAACCCGGUGGUGUUUGUAAAAGCUGUCACAAACAGAAUUCGUCCCUACGCUAGGCUGUUCAUAAACCACUGUAUCUCUCAUGCUGUUCUUGAUAAGCUGCAGGUAUUUUCUACCGAUUUUAUUGACGAGGAUUUUGUGGACGCUUGUGUCGGCCUCACCAAUCAAAGAAUCAAUGGUCAUCCAUGAGUUUUUUGAAUUGGUUUCUUCGAAAUACA